CCGCUGGUCGUUUUUAUACUAGGUACUUAUACUACUAUCUAGCUAUUUUUCACUCACUAUCUCCUAUAAGCCAAACGUAAUAUAGCCAAGAACACACUCCAAGAAAAAAACAUCCCAUUCCAAGAAAAACAAAAUCGCCAAGAUGGUCAGCUAUCGAAUGAUUGCCGUUGCCGGCUUCCUGGCUAGUGUUAAUGCCCUUCCUUUGAACAUCAACCUUGGCGCCUACUCUCCUGCAUUGGUAGUCGGUGAUGGUGAGAUCUCGUUCGGAGGCGGCCAAGAUGUGACGAACUUGAUGAACGCUUUGGAGGGCGCCGCAGUCAACACAGCUACUCGAACGGCAGGGGGUGCUACCGAGAACGUCGCCGCCGCCGCCGCUCCCGCUAGUGGUGCCGGAAAUGCUGGAGCCAAUGCGGUUAGCACAGAUGAUAUUGUGGCUGCCCAAGAAUCUACACCUGAGGUUGCUCAAGUAUCCCAGGCACCCGAGGUUCCCGCUAAUACCGUCGACCCCAACUUGAGUGAGCAGGCCAGCCAAAUAUCCGGCCUCCAAGGCAUGGGCAAGGAAAUCGCUCCCCGCGAAGACUCCGAGACCCCCAAGGCCAAGCGCGAUCUUGCCGGCUUCGACCGAGCCCUUACCUUCGCCGAGGCCGCCUUAACCAAGGGCCCUACCAUCCAGCUUGGCACUGGCGAAGGUGGCGCCGGCGUCGGUAUCAUCGUCGACAACAACGGCGGCACUGUUGGCGAAGCCGCUGCUGCUGCUGCUAAGAAGCGCGACGAGUCCUCCGCGCUGCCCCGCCGCCACACUAAGGUCACGCGCAUGUACGUCAAGCGCGGCGUUCCUGCUGCUGUCCAGACAUCUAGUAAAUUCGAAGCCCGUACCGUCCCCGUCGCUAAAGUCCCAGCUGCUAUGAUGGCCAAGCGACAGUCCGCCGCCACUACCCCUUCCUCCGACGUCAUCGACUCCAUCAACCUCAACGUCGACGACGAGCAAGGGUUCACAAUGACGUUUAUCGAGACGACUGAGGAUGGCGAUGAUGAUGAUGAUGAUGCUGCCGAUGUAGAGGAUGACUUGGAGUAAUGAGCCAAUCUGAUUGCAACAGUUUUGUAUCUACACCAAUUCAAAAAAGGGAAAGCGGUUUAAUUCAUCAUCGUCGUUUUAUUUGA